AUGCUCGGACAACUGAUUGAUGGAGCCAGGAGGAUCUGGAGACGAAUGUCGUCAUCAUCGGAUACCCCAAAGUACAAACUGAGCGAAGGGAUGGAGGCUACUGAGUACUUCCAUCUUCGAGAAUUAGCUGAAGAGCAUCAAAGAAUGCAGGAGGGUAAAUCGAAGAAGGGAUUCAGGCUGAUGGAGAUUCGAUGCUCUCCAGAAGUCAUCGAUGCGAAUGAAAUCGUGGAUUUCGAGAAUUGGGAGAAAUACGAACACCGUCGUCGGGCAUCUUUCAACCGUGGUGACUCUCCACUUGUUCAUCAAUCUAAAAUGGCCGACAGAGACAGAGAGCGGAAGAAAAAUGAGCCGAACAAGGACAAAGAAGAAGGAAAAGAAGAGCAAGAAGAAGAUGAUGACUUUCGCCCGAUUCAACGAGACAGAGAAAAACCAGACGAAUCUUUGGUGACGCGGAAACUAAUGGAGGCUCUCGCCAAAAAGAGACGAGAUGAACGGAAAAGAAAGAUGGACGAGGAUGAAACCAUGGAAGUUGAUAAACCAUCCACUAGUGGUCCUCAAAAUACUCGAGAAGGAUCUUCAAAUCCUAAAAGAGGGAAAAAGGAUGAUAGUCCACCGCCAGACGAUUCCGGACCAGGUCCAAGUCAAGUCGAUCCAAAAUGGAAGUACAGAGGAAAACAAGACUCAAGCGACGACGAAGAUGACGCAACAAGUGUCAAACAGACAAGCGCUCGUGACGAAUCGUUACUGGACAAGUUCAAGAGGAAUCUCGAAAAAGUUCGUGAAUGGUGGAGAGACGUGCAAAUCCUCCCGUUCUUGCGAAGUACCGCGGAAUGCUCUGGAGAAACCACCACUCAUACCUACAAACCAUUCGGUUCUGAUUAUGCGACGUCUAGUGCGCCUCCAAGCCCUGCUCCCAGUCGGCCACCAAGCAGCGCUCAAUCGAAAGGCUCGUCUAUCAAACGUUCCGGUUCUGAAUCGUCGUUGGAUUCAGAGCUUCACUCGGCGCGUGAUGAGUCGAGCGAUGACGAAGAACAGAAGUUUGCAUAUGCUUCGCCGAACUAUUAA